AUGCGCGGGCGACCGCGCGCGACCGUCACGCACGCACAGUGCGUGCUCCAGCUGCUGCGCCGCUGCGCUGCACCCACACUCCACGCCCAAUCGUACGUAUGCAUCCCACAUUACGUGCUCGCUGGUACGCGUGGUGCGCGACAAGGUGCUCCGCGUGCAGCCGCGCUGCACCCCCACCCCAUCCCACGCCCAACCGUACGUACGCAUCUCACAUUACGUGCUCCCUGGUACGCGUGGUGCGUGACAAGGUGCUGCGCGGACAGCCGCGCUGCACCCCCCACCCCAUCCCACGCCCAACCGUACGUACGUAUCUCACAUUACGUGCUCCCUGGUAUGCGUGGUGCGCGACAAGGUGCUGCGGGGGCGGCCGCGCUGCACCCCCACCCCAUCCCACGCCCAACCGUACGUACGCAUCUCACAUUACGUGCUCCCUGGUACGCGUGGUGCGCGACAAGGUGCUGCGCGGGCGAGCCGCGCUGCACCCCCACCCCAUCCCACGCCCAACCGUACGUACGCAUCUCACAUUACGUGCUCGCUGAAAAUGAACAAGAGCUGCGAGAGAGGGAGGAGUUUGCUCGGACGUGUUUCGAAACUCUGCUUCAGUUCUCCAUGUUGGAGGAUAUCGACUCUUUAACUGGAGGAGACAAUGAUUCAGACCCCUUAGCAAUAAUGCCAUUGCUGGACAGGUUCCAAGAAGUGAUAUCCAGGUAUACAAGCGACGAUGAUAACACCGAGCCUUUGCCCAGGCAUCAACUCUCAGAAAUAUCAUUUGUACUAAAAGCAAUAGCGAGCCUCACGGAGGCCAUGAAGAAGGCUCCACCGGGAAAAGUAGAUGCUACCGCGUGGGAUAAGCUUAUAGGCGUGUACCCGGACCUGGUGCGGCUGGCGGCGAGCGCCCGCGCGGCCGGCGCGAGUGCUGCGCUGCGCGAGGCGCUGCUGCAGUUCGCGGCGCUGCUCUCCGCGCCCGCGCCGCCGCUCUAG